AUGACUCCAUUUGAAGUUACAUUUGGCCAUAAACCUCCAUCAAUGCUUAAUUAUUGCAGUGGCACCUCUGCCUUCGAAGAAGUCGACAUAGACCUCCGCUCCCGUGACGUGAUAUUAUCCCAACUAAGAGACAACUUGCUCAAGUCACAAACAGCCAUGAAAUUCUACACCGACAAGAACCGCACUGCAAUAUUUUUCGAACCAGACCAAUUAGUGUUGUUAAAGCUUCAGCCCUAUCGCCAAUUAACAGCACGCAAACAAUCAGUUCACAAGCUUGGAUUUCGCUAUUACGGGCCAUUCAAAGUAGAGAAACGCAUUGGAUCAGUUGCAUAUCGACUGGCAUUACUACCAACUACUCGCAUUCAUCCAUUGUUUCAUUGUUCUCUCUUAAAGUCAUACCAUGGCUAA